GUCUCUCUCUCGGUCCCAACAGAACAGUACAACAGCAACAUCAACCUCGGCUAUUGUGUGCUUUUCCGCCCCCCAGCUGAGAGCACGGUGAUCCACUUUCCAUCCACGCUCUUGGGUGCCUUCUCCGCAGGAACCAUCUCUGAAACAGCACAUUGAGAGCACUGAGCGCUCGGUACAACCCAAUCCCCCCUCUUCCCCAACUCAUCGUGUGUUUCGUGCUCUGCUUCGGCGGUAAUCGUCAUCUUCGGAGCCGUGACUACAACAACAUGGCCACCUUCUCCAACCUAUCUUCGUUAGGAGACCACAUCGAGAAAGACGACGACCGGUUACAGGUUGGUCACUCGUCCUCUGGCGGCGACGAGCGAUUACGCGGGCCAGCAGCGAUGGCGGGGGGUGGCGACAAUAGCAAGGUCAAAGCAGGAGACCCGUUAGCCCAAGCAGCAGCAGCAGCAGCAGUGGCAACGGUAGCUGUAGCCGGGGAUGAAGACGGAAAAGGCGCGUCAGCGCAAGCGGCCGGGGCGAGCGGAGCGAAACUGGACGAGAGUGCGGACGUGCUCAAGCCCCCAGAGUCCAGCAGCGUUGACAUCCGUAUCGCCAUGAUCGGAAACGUAGACAGCGGGAAGUCCACCUUGAUCGGGGUUCUAUCCAGCUCUGGCCUGGAUGAUGGCCGCGGCGCAGCGCGUAGCUUGGUACUUCGCCACCGCCACGAGCAGGAGAACGGCCGCACCUCCGCCGUGACGAUGGAGAUCAUGGGGUAUGCGAAGGACGGCAAGCAGGUUGUCCCGACAGCUAGGUCACACCUCCAGCGUUGGGCGGAGGUGGUGAACCACAGCGACCGCAGCGUGACCCUCAUCGACCUCUGCGGGCACGAGAAGUACCUCAAGACGACUGUGUUCGGCCUCACUGGUUUGAUGCCGGACUUCUGCCUGCUUGUGGUCGGGGCGAACAUGGGCGUGCAGCGGAUGACAAAGGAGCACAUCAGCAUCGCCUGCGCACUGCAGAUUCCCAUCGCUGUGGUGGUGACGAAGGUUGACAUCUGCCCGCCGACGGUCCUCAAGCAGACCCGGCAGGCGUUGGCGAAGUACCUUCGGCAGAACCAGAAGAUGCCUUACCCCAUCAAGGACGUGAACCAGGUGGACGCAGCGGCGGAGAGCAUCGCUUCCGACCGCAUCACGCCGGUGUUCGCCGUGUCCAACGUGACCGGAAUGGGUCUGCCCCUUCUGCGCGCUUUCGUGGCGCGAUUACGCCGCAACAAAUCCAGGAAUGACGACCCUACAAUGCCGAUCCGGGAGUCUGACCUGCCCGCGGUCCACUUCCCCAUCGACGGCGUCUACGAAGUAAGGGGUGUCGGGAUCGUGGUCGGCGGGACGAUGCUCCGGGGCUCGGUAACGGUAAACCAGACGCUGCUCAUUGGUCCGGACCGGGCGGGCGACUUCAUCCAGGUCACGGUCCGAAGCAUCGAGUGCAAGCGACAAAGCGUCAAGGAGGCCAACGAGGGGCAAAGCGCGACGUUCGCCGUGCGCUCGCUCAACCGCCGCGUGGCGCUUCGCCGGUCCACCUUUCGCAAGGGGAUGGUGGCAAUCGACGGGCAGGACGACCCCCGCGCAACACGCGAGUUCGAGGCGGACGUAGUAAUCCUCCACCACUCCACCACGGUCGCUCCGGGAUACCAGCCGGUCAUCCACUGCGGAGUAGUCCGGCAGGCGGCGGCGAUACUGUCCAUGUCCGGAACCGAGUCUGGGAUGGAGGCAUUACGAACAGGACAAACAGCAACGGUCCGGUUCAGGUUCAUGUACUACAGCGAGUACAUGGUGCUCGGCAGCACGUUCCUCUUCCGCGAGGGGCGUGCCAAGGGCAUCGGAAAGAUCCGGCGGGUAAUAAACUAA